AUGAUACUAAGAUGGUUGUCAAAUCUUUGUAAAGAUACAACAUUUUUUUAUUUACCAACAAUUAAAUCUAUUGAUAAUAAAUCAAUUAAUCGUGAACUUUCUUCAUCAAAAAUUCAUACUGAUGAUGAUUUAUGUUUGGGUUGGAUAUUAUUUAAAAGUAUUGACCGUCCAGAUUUAGGUUUAAAAGAAGAAAAACCACGUAUGAUUAAUGUUAAACAUAUAGCAGAAACUUAUGUUGUUGGUAUUGCAAAUAAAAUCUAUCAAGGUAAAUCUCUUCUUCUUCGUUCACCCAAAUCUCAAAUAAUUAAAGAAAUGCCUGAAUUUGGUUCACAAUUAUUCCAUAUGCCAAUUAUUAGUAAUGCUACUCAUUUUAUUGUUCCAUCACGAACUUACAAUGAUAUAAUCGAAUCUACGAAUAUAUAUGAAUCAGAAAUUAUUCAUAUUGAAGAUGAUGAAUUACAAUGUCAUGACCGUGGUCGACUAGGUACUCAUGUAAUAACUAUCGGCGGUGUUUUCGAAAGUGUUCUAUCAAAACUCAUUAAUGCUUUUCAAUGUCCAAAUAAUGGUUAUUUUGCAAAGCCGAACGAUAAACAUUCAUUCUAUCAAUGUGCACAUGGUACAGCUUAUUUGAUGCCAUGUCCAGCUGGAUUAGUUUGGAAUCAGCAGAUCCAAGUUUGUGAUUGGGAUACGAAUAUACCUGUUAUCGAUUGUGACAAUGGAAGACAGCACAAUUGUCGUGAAAAUAGUCAAUGGUCAACGAAAGGAAUUUCUAUUGUUGGCUCGGAUAAUAAAUUCGGAUCGGAUUCAAAACAUUUAGGCUCACCAUUUGGUUUAUUUGUUGAUACUAAACACGAUAAUAUCUAUAUUGCUGAUACUGACAAUCAUAGAAUUCAAAAAUUCAAUCUCAAAGCUCUCGAGACUGGUGGAAUUACAGUAGCCGGUGGUAAUGGUGCAGGCAAUCGUUCGAAUCAAUUAAGUAUGCCUCGAGCAGUUUAUGUCGAUAGAAAUGAAAAUAUUUACAUUGCUGAUGAUGAUAAUCAUCGAAUUCAACUGUGGUCAAAAGGUGCUACUAGUGGCAUUACAGUAGCCGGAGGAUAUGGCAAAGGUAAAGGACUUAAUCAGAUAGGAGCUUGUCAGGGUAUUUAUGUUCAUGAAGAUACAAACUCAUUAUUUAUCUCUGACUUUUACAAUGACCGUAUUGUGAAAUGGAACUCAGAAACAGAUGAAGGUAUUAUCAUAGCAGGAAAUGGUAUUGGCGGUUCGAAAGCAAAUCAAUUGAGUGGACCACGUGGUAUUUUUAUCGACCAAUGCGAAACGAUUUAUAUUGCCGAUUUGUGGAAUAGUCGAAUACAAAAAUGGAAAAAAGAUGCAAGCGAAGGUAUUACGGUAGCUGGAGGUCAUGGAAAAGGUUCAGCUGCUAAUCAAUUGAAUAGUCCAUGGGAUGUUGAAGUCGAUCAAUAUAACAAUAUCUAUGUUGUUGACACUGACAAUAAUAGAAUUCAGAAAUGGAGUCCUGAUGCGAUCAGUGGUGUGACUGUCGCUGGCGGAAAUGGAUGGGGUGAUGGUAUCGGCCAAUUCAAAUCUGCGCAUAGUAUAGGACUUGAUAAGCAAGGAAAUAUGUAUGUUAGUGAGCAAAGAAAUCAUCGAAUUCAACGCUUCAAUAUUACAGCAGAAACGAAUAGUUGUUAA